AGGCAACAACCUCUCUCUUCGCGAAGAUGCCAUAUGUUACAGAGAGUUGGUUGUGUUUUUUGGUUUUCGUAUUGACUCUGAACGGUGGAUUCGGAGCGGAAAUUUCCCUGUGGAAUAUCGAAUUUAAUUCUAGCGACUAUGCUGUGUUUCGAAAAACUCUUUAUGCAAACACAACAAUCUAUAUGAGAUUUCACGGAGAUUGUAAGUCAAACCAAGCCUUCAACAUUAGCUGGUACCUCCUCUCAUCCUCCUGUUACAAUGACAUCUUCAACACUGCUGAUAAUACAGCAGACAUUGUUUCAGGCAACCCUGGAAUGCUGAGGAAAAAUUUUAGCGGCUUCCGUAGCCAGGGGUUUGUCUACUUUCCCAACUGCUCUUCUGUCAGUCAACCCAGGGUAUACUAUGAAAAGUUUCAGCCACCUCAGUUUGUCAGCAGUUCCCAGGGGGGACAAGCUGGAAAUAAGAACAGAACCGACAUAUUCAUGGGAAAACCAGAUAGCGGAGCUGUGGCAAAGUCAUGGUCGGACAGCCCCUAUUUAUUUGUUGUAGAUUUCAGCUCACAGUCUGCGAAUAACCAGAGUUUUAAAGUUACCGUGAAUGUGGAAAUGAUAGGACCACGUCAGUACUCCUCACCGGCAGACUGGCCUCUGAUGAUGUUCUUCAUGGGAAUGUGCAUCAUAUAUGUAUUUUUUGGAGCUCUGUGGCUCCUCUGGUGUGUUUGUUAUUGGCGUGACCUGCUCAGAAUCCAGUUCUGGAUCGGUGCUGUCAUCAUCUUGGGAAUGCUGGAGAAAGCUGUCUUCUACAAUGAGUAUCAGAGCAUCCGUUACCAUGGAGUCUAUGUCCAAGGUGCUGUCAUUUUUGCUGAGCUGCUGUCUGCGCUGAAGAGAUCCCUGGCUAGAGUUCUAAUAGUCAUAGUCAGUCUGGGUUAUGGCAUAGUCAAGCCUAGAUUGGGAACCACAGUGCACCGUCUGGUGGCAGUGGGUCUUCUGUACCUGAUCUUCUCCUCUGUAGAAGGUGUCCUCAGAGUCACAGAUAGAUUUAACGGCACAGUGGCUCUCAUUGCCAACCUCAGUCUAUCUCUCAUAGACUCCUGCGUUAUGUGGUGGAUCUUCAUUAGUUUGUCUCAGACUAUACGUUUCCUGAAGCUGCGAAGAAAUGUUGUGAAGCUCUCUUUAUACCAGCACUUCACCAAUACUCUUAUCUUCUCUGUGGUCGCCUCUAUCGUUUUUAUCAUCUGGAGUGUUAAAGUCUUUAGGCUUGUCAAGUGUCAGACUGGAUGGAAAGACCUUUGGUUGGACGAUGCUUUCUGGCGCCUUCUCUUCUCCACUAUUCUGCUUGUCAUUAUGGUUCUGCUCAGGCCCUCGAUGAACAGCCAAAGGUUCUCUCAUUCUCCCCUAAUUGAUGAAGAUGAUGAGGAAGAUGAUGCCAAGGAACCUAUGCUUAACGAAGCAUUUGAUGGAAUGAAGAUGAGAGGGACAAAAGGUGACACUAAUGCAUCCCAGAAACUCCUCGGUAAAGAGAGCAGUCAGGAUGAUGACAUGAAAUGGGUGGAGGAGAACAUUCCCACUACUGUCAUUGACGUAGCUCUGCCCGUAAUGUUGGAUGAGGAAGAGGAAAUUCUCAACACCAAGAUGGAAAGGUCAAAAAUGGAAUAGUUUCAGAAACUGGAAUGCAUGUGGUCAUUUUACUGAUGCUACAGCGGAGUAAAACUGUUGUUAAAUGAUGUGAUGGAUGACUCUGUUAAGACCCCUUAACUUGGGCUCAUAAUGUUUGUAUUUAUUUCUGCAUAAUUGGCGCACAUUGGCUUUUUCUGAGCAGAACAGGCCUCGGCGAGAGCUGGUGUAAAGGUGCGAAGAGAGGACAUAGAGCUAAACUGACCAUACUCAUUCAUACUUGAGGAAGUUGUCUGUAGUCAUGCCUUAGUCAGGCCUUAGCUGAAGGGUGCUUAAAGGGGCCUCCUCCACAUAUGCACACAAUGUUCAGACUAAAUGAGCAUUAGGAAUCUGCACUGGCACCACUGCUUGGCCAGUGGUAAGAGACAGCCUUCCUCAAACUGUGUUAUGGUACAGCUACAUCAGGUGAUGCAGCUCUGCCAGGGUGUAGAAACUUGGUAUGAACCAUGGUCUGGUACUCUAUUUUCCUCCUCUCAUCUAAAGUAAGACUU